UUGGUGUUUGCGGGAGCAGCAGCAGCAGCAGGCACGCCGGGACAAAGUUUGCCUGGCAAACGUCAACAUUGUCCGGUCAAAAACACACCAAAAGCACACGACUCGGCCACGGACGCCUCAAAGAAGAAGAAUUGAUAUUUCCUGUGGAGAAAAAGGCGUCGUUUGUCCUCUCGGUUUGUCCGUUUCCGGAUAUUAGCGCGCUGUUUUGCUGGAGCAUUUUUGUUUUUUUUCUUCCUUCUGGGAUAACUUUUUACUUUUUUUUUUUUUUUUUUACAUCUUUGGAGCAUGGACACGCCGAGGUAACAAGGCCGCGGUGUUUGCCGGCGUAGCGAGAAGUCGAGCUCCGUGCUGGAGUUCGCCAAGGUCACUUCCCGAUGAUGACAGUAAACAUGGAUGAUGUUCCCCAAAACGGACCCAGACCGCCCCGGAACCUCCAAGAUGACGAGGAGGCGCUCCACUCCAUCAUGAAGGACCUGGCCGCCCUCGGGUGUUGUUACACGCAGAACACACACAAGCCCAAGAGCAGAAGUUUACUGUACAAACAGGACUUGAGAGUCAAGCUGGAGCAUGAGAGAGAAAAACGGAUCAUCCCCUUCCAGAGGCCUCUGAAGAUCAAGGAGCUGCUGCAGAAAGUGACAGAAGCCUUUGGCCAGCAGAUGGAGAUGUUCUUCAUGGAGAAGGAGCUGCUUCUGCCCCUGAAGACCCAGGAGGACUUGGACCAGGCCGUCUUGUCUCUGAGCUGCAGCACCGUGACCAACGGCCUGCUGAGGAUCCUGCUGAAGACCCCCAAGAACAACCACUACCUGCAGGUGACCAGCAGAGACAAGCAGAGCGAGAUGAGGUCGUCGCGUUCGCUGGGCGACCUGAAAGGAUCGCUACUGAAGGGCUCGGAGAGAGUGCGCAAACAUUCCACAGGGUCCCUGCACACGGGUCGCACGUCGCCGCCCCCAGGCAGCGUCCCCGAGGAGCAGCAGCAGAUCGCCCGCCAGGGCUCCUACACCAGCAUCCACAGCGAGGGCGAGUUCAUCCCCGAGACUCAGGACCUCGGCAUGCUGGAUCACUUUGGCAGCGCGGGAAACUCGCUGUCGAGCAGCUGUCAAUCAAUCGACCAGGCGCUGGACAGUCCACCUUUCUCACAGAACAACCGCGACAACAAUUACAUGAACCUCAACUACGAAUACAAAGGACGCCACGGGAAGGGAGGAACUUUCCCCCGCCAGCUGCAGCUGCCCAGUCGGAGCAAAGACUACGGAGAUCGUCGCAGGACACUUCCGCGCAGCUUCAUGCCGCAGGAAAACCUGUUCCAGCUGGUUCCUUCCAGCCGCACGCGCAGCUACAACGGAGACAGCACCUUGCAGUACAGCGAGCUGCGCCAGCGCGGCACGGCCAAAUCGCCGCGAGCGCCGGUCAACUGGCGGCAAGGCAAGCUGUUGGGCCGCGGCGCCUUCGGGGAGGUCUACCUGUGCUACGACGCCGACACGGGCCGCGAGCUGGCCGCCAAGCAGGUGCCCUUUGACCCCGACUGCCAGGAAACCAGCAAGGAAGUCAACGCUCUGGAGUGCGAGAUCCAGCUGCUGAAGAACCUUCGCCACGAGCGCAUCGUCCAGUACUACGGUUGUCUGCGGGACCUGGACCACAGGAAGCUCACCAUCUUUGUGGAGUUCAUGCCCGGGGGCUCCAUCAAGGACCAGCUGAAGGCGUACGGGGCGCUGACAGAGAAGGUGAGCAGGAGGUACAGUCGUCAGAUCCUGCAAGGUGUGUCCUACCUGCACAGCAACAUGAUCGUGCACAGAGACAUCAAAGGCGCCAACAUCCUGAGGGACUCGUCAGGGAACGUGAAGCUGGGAGACUUCGGGGCCAGCAAGCGCAUCCAGACCAUCUGCAUGUCUGGCACCGGCAUCAAGUCUGUGACCGGCACCCCCUACUGGAUGAGUCCGGAAGUCAUCAACGGCGAAGGAUACGGCCGCAAGGCGGACGUGUGGAGCGUGGCGUGCACCGUGGUGGAGAUGCUCACCCAGAAGCCCCCCUGGGCCGAGUACGAGGCCAUGGCGGCCAUCUUUAAGAUCGCCACCCAGCCCACCAAGCCCGCCCUCCCUGAGGGCGUGUCCGACGCCUGCAGGGACUUCCUGCGCCAGAUCUUCGUGGAGGAGAAGUGGAGGCCCACCGCCGACGCCCUGCUGGCCCACGCCUUUGUGCAGGGCGGCUUCUGACCCCGCCCACCUGACUCAGGUCAGGCCGCCGGGGUGGACUCUGUGACGUGUGGGGGCGUGGCCUGAAUGGCGGGAAAGCACUUUGGCGGCCUUCUUUUCCCACUCGACAAAAAAAAAGACUUCUUGAAGUUUUGUUCGUACUGUAAACCUUUUCCUACUACAAGCCACGCCCCUUUUUCUAUUUCCUACUACAAGCCACGCCCUUUUCCUAUUUCCUACGACAAGCCACGCCCUUUUCCUAAUUCCUACUACAAGCCACGCCCUUUUCCUAUUUUCUACUACAAGCCACGCCCCUUUUCCUAUUUCCUACUACAAGCCACGCCCUUUUUCUAUUUCCUACACACACUUUUUAGCAACACGCCUUACCACAACUUUUGUACGACAACUUUUGUACGCCAACGUCGUCCUGAUGGUUGCUGACUUUGCACUUUGUCAUCAAUAAUCACUUUUUUAUAUCACCUUCAUUUUAUACUCGUUUUAUAUACACGCUCCACAGUGUGGCCAUGACGCAAUAGUGUGUGUCAAUGACGCAAUAGUGUGAGUCAAUGACCAAUAGUGCGUGUCCUUUGUAUGUGUCGAUGACGCAAUAGUGUGUGUCAAUGACGCAAUAGCAUGUGGCCAUGACGCAAUAGUGUGUGUCCUUUGUGUGUGCCGAUGGCGCAAUAGUGUGUGUGAAUGACGCAAUAGUGUGUGUCCUUUGUGUGUGUAUAUGACGCAACAGUGUGUCAAUGACGCAAUAGCAUGUGGCCAUGACGCAAUAGUGUGUGUCCUUUGUGUGUGUCGAUGACGCAAUAGUGUGUGUGAAUGACGCAAUAGUGUGUGUCCUUUGUGUGUGUGUAUAUGACGCAACAGUGUGUGUCAAUGACGCAAUAGAGUGUGUUCUUUAUGUGUGUCAUUGACACAAUAGUGUGUGUCGAUGACACAAUAGUGUGUGUACUUUAGGUGUGUCAUUGACGCAAUGGUGUAUGUUAAUGACGCAGUAGUGUGUGUCGAUGACACAAUAGUGUGUGUUAAUG